AGCAGCCCCCGCGCCCGCCGCUCCGCCGCCGGGCCGUUGGGCCGUCGGGCCGCCUGGGGAGCGCCAGCCCGGAUCAGGCUGCCCAGAUGCGGGCGCCACUCUGCCUGCUCCUGCUCGUCGCCUACGCCGUGGACAUGCUGGCCCUGAACCGAAGGAAGAAGCAAGUGGGCACUGGCCUGGGGGGCAACUGCACAGGCUGUAUCAUCUGCUCAGAGGAGAACGGCUGUUCCACCUGCCAGCAGAGGCUCUUCCUGUUCAUCCGCCGGGAAGGCAUCCGCCAGUACGGCAAGUGCCUGCACGACUGUCCCACUGGGUACUUCGGCAUCCGCGGCCAGGAGGUCAACAGGUGCAAAAAAUGUGGGGCCACUUGUGAGAGCUGCUUCAGCCAGGACUUCUGCAUCCGGUGCAAGAGGCGGUUUUACUUGUACAAGGGGAAGUGUCUGCCUACCUGCCCGCCGGGCACUUUGGCCCACCAGAACACACGGGAGUGCCAGGAGAGGAGCCCCGGCCAGAAGAAGGGCAGGAAGGACCGGCGCCCACGCAAGGACAGGAAGCUGGACCACAGGCUGGACGUGAGGCCACGCCAGCCCAGCCUACAGCCCUGACCGCCGGCUCUCCCGGCUCUCUGGUCCUAGUCCUCGGCUCCUGCACACCUCCUCCUGCUCCUUCUCCUCCUCUCCUCUUACUCUUUCUCCUCCAUCUUCUCCA